AUGCCAGCUGUUCCACAGAUCCUGCUGCUUACUCUGGAAGAGCUGGAGAGAGCACAACUGAAGAGGUUUCAGUGGUUCUUGCAAACAGAGAAAGGAAUGGAGGGCUUCUCUCACAUCCCAAAGUCUCAACUGGAGAAUGCUGAUGUACAGGACACGGUGGAUAAGAUGGUGGAAAGAUACAAACCAAGAGGAGCUGUGGACAUCACACUGCUCAUCCUGAGGAAGAUGGAGCAGAAUAACCUGGCUGAGAAGUUAGAGAGUAAAUUCAGGGAAGGUAAUACAGCUCACAUGACAUUUACAACACAAUCAGUUACACCAGAUUAUGAAGCUGUAAGAAUCAAAAUGAAGUCCAGUCUAAAACAGAAAUAUGAGCGCAUUUUGGAUGGAACAUCGGUAAGAGGUCAUAGAAAGUUCCUGAAUGAUAUCUACACUGAUCUCUACAUAGUGGAGGAUGAGACUGGAGGAGUCAUUCAUGAACAUGAGAUUAUGCAGGCUGAGGCAUCAACUAGGAGAUUUACCUCAGAGGAAACUCCAAUCACAUGCAGUGACAUUUUCAAAGUCCCAUCUGAUCCAAGUCGAAGAAACAGAAAAGUGCUGACGAUGGGAAUCGCUGGAGUAGGGAAAACUGUCUCAGUGAACAAAUUCAUACUGGACUGGGCAGAGGGAAAGAACAGUGAGGACAUAGAUUUUAUUUUUCCAUUUCCCUUUCGUGAGCUAAAUUUAGUGAAAGAUGAAAACUACAGCCUGAUAGAGCUGCUUCAUGAAUAUUUUGAAGAUUCUGCUGAACUGAAGUCUCUUCCAGAUGGCGAUGGUAAAGUCAUGCUCAUUUUUGAUGGACUUGAUGAGUGUCGCUUUCCUCUUGACUUUAAUAAGAGAGAGAAAUUGAAGAAUAUUGAUCAGAAAUCCUCUGUAGGUGUGCUGAUAACAAACCUAAUAAAGAAAAAUCUGCUUCCCUCUGCUCUCAUCUGGAUAACCUCCAGACCAGCUGCAGCCCAUCAGAUCCCUCGAGACUACAUUGACCAGGUUACUGAAGUACGAGGAUUCAGUGAUCAACAAAAGGAAGAGUACUUUAGGAAGUACAAUGACAAGGACCAGGAUAUGGCCAAAAAUAUGAUCUCGCACAUAAAGAAAUCAAGGAGCCUCCACAUCAUGUGUCACAUACCAGUCUUCUGUUGGAUAUCAGCCACUGUGCUUCAGCCAAUGUUAGCCAAAGGUACCAGUAAAGAACUCCCUACAACUCUGACUGGGAUGUACACACAGUUUCUGAUUUUCCAAACAAGCCAAAUGAAAAAGAAAUACGAGGCUGAACACAUCUUUCUGAAGCUUGGAAAGUUGGCCUUCCUUCAGCUGGAGAAGGGUAAUCUGAUAUUCGAUGAGGAGGACCUUAGAGAGUGUGACAUUGAUGUCAGUGAGGGUUCAGUGUACUCAGGAGUCUGCACACAGAUAUUCAGUCAAGAGCAGGGGGCCUCUGAGAGGAUGGUGUUCAGCUUUGUACAUCUGAGCGUUCAAGAAUUCCUCGCUGCAGCCCAUGUGUUUCUCUCGCACUGUAAUAAUAAAGAGAAUGUUCUUCAUCCUGAUACAAUUUGGUAUAUCUUUAAGAGGAAAUCAAAUAACUUAAAUGACCUCCACAGAUGUGCUAUAGACAAGGCCUUAGGGAGUGAGAAUGGAUACCUUGACCUUUUCCUCCGCUUCCUUCUUGGCCUCUCACUGGAGUCCAAUCAGAAACUCCUGAAAGAACUAUUGCCACAAACACUCAUUAGAGCAGUGAGUGUGGAGAAAACAGUCGACUACAUCAAGAAGACACUCAACAAGAAUAUCUCAUCAGAAAGGAGCAUCAAUCUCCUCUACUGUCUGAAUGAACUGAAGGAUGACUCCCUUGUAGAUGAAAUUCAAAAUUACUUGGGCUCAGGACGUCUCUCAACAGAGAAACUGUCAUCUGCACAGUGGUCAGCUCUGGUCUUUGUGCUGCUGAUGUCAGAGGAGACUCAAGAAAAGUUUGAGCUGAAGAAAUACAGAGGAUCAGAUGAAGGGCUGAGGAGACUUCUACCAGUACUGAAAAACACCAAGCGGGCUCUACUUGCUCUCUGCAAACUCACUGAACCAUCCUGUGAAGCUGUAGCCUCAGUUCUACAGUCAGUGAACUGUCCCCUGAGAGAGCUGGACCUGAGUAACAAUCACCUUCGGGAUUCAGGAGUGAAGUUGCUCUGUGUUGGACUGAAGAAUCCACACUGUAAACUGGAGAUACUGAGACUUGCUCUCUGUAAACUCACUGAACUGUCCAGUUCAUCUGUAGCCUCAAUUCUACAGUCAGCAAACUGUGCCCUGAGAGAACUGGACCUGAGUAACAAUGACCUUCGGGAUUCAGGAGUGAAGUUGCUCUGUGUGGGACUGAAGAAUCCACACUGUAAACUGGAGAUACUGCGGUUGUCUGGCUGUUUAGUGACAGAGGAAGGCUGUUCUUCUCUAGCUUCAGCUCUGAGUUCAAACCCCUCACCCCUGAGAGAGCUGGAUCUGAGCUUCAAUCACCCAGGAGACUCAGGAGUGAAGUGUCUCUCUACACAGAUGAAUCAACACUGUCGACUUAAGUCAGUACAUGUGGACCACGGAGGAAAAAUCAGGAUCAAACCAGGAUUAAGAAAAUAUGCCUGUGAUCUCACACUGGACCCAAACACAGCACACACUCUCCUCUCUCUGUCUGAGGGGAACAGAAAGGUGACAUGUGUGGGAGAGAAACAGUCGUAUCCUGGUCAUCCAGAGAGAUUUGAUGACUGUCCUCAGGUCAUGUGUAGUGAGAGUCUGACUGGACGCUGUUACUGGGAGACUGAGUGGAGUGGAAAUUACGCUGUUAUAGCAGUGACAUAUAAAGGAAUCAGGAGGAAAGGACAGACUGAUGACUGUGGGUUUGGACACAAUGAAAAGUCCUGGAGUCUGAGAUGCUCUGGUAACAAAUACGCUGCCCGCCACAAUAAUCAGGUCAUUGUCUUACCUGCCCCCCCCUUGAACACACGCAGAGUAGGAGUGUAUCUGGACUGGAUGUCUGGAACUGUGUCCUUCUACAGCGUCUCCUUUGACACACACACACGCACACACUUACACACAUUCCAGUCCUCAUUCACUGAGCCCCUCUAUGCAGGGUUUGGGGUUGGGACGCACAACGCCCAAACCAUCAGUCUACAACAGCACAGCACCUGCCCCUACAUGACUAGCGUCAACCUGGAGACAAAACGGCUCAUCCAACCGCAUUGGCACUCAAAAGACCAGAUGUAUUUUGACCGAGAUGUCAAAAGGUUCAUUAGUGUGGUGACACCGGACACUGCCAGUAACCUUUCAGCAAAAUCAGACUUGCUCACAAAUGUGGCUGAACCAACCUGA